CUAUCACCUCUCAUUUAAACCAGAGAGAUCUUUCUCUUCUUCUCAUUCUUCUCUCUUCUCCCAUUUCAACUUCUCUUCUUCUUCUUCUUCAAAACAUGCCUAAACCAAACCUCCAUAGCCAAUCCCAUCAAACAAUUCUUCUUCUUCUUCUUCUUCUAUUCUUCUUCUCACUCUGCAUUUCAUCAUCCCCUGUUUCUCAACAAUUCCGUGAAGCACCCGAAUUCUACAACUCGCCGGAAUGUCCUUCCCUAUCCCCAUCCUCCGCCGCCGACAACACCCAUCUCUGCUCCGACAACGCCGUUCACGUAGCAAUGACCCUCGAUUUCACCUACAUUCGAGGAUCAAUGGCUGCCAUCCUCUCAAUUCUCCAACACUCUUCCUGCCCACAAAACGUAAUCUUCCAUUUCGUCGCAGCUUCAAACAUAACCCAACUCAAAUCAUCAAUCUCCACCUCCUUCCCCUACCUUAAAUUCAAGAUCUACCCUUUCAAUUCCGCCGCCGUCGCCGGACUAAUCUCAACCUCAAUCCGAUCUGCUCUAGAUAGUCCACUCAAUUACGCAAGAAGUUACCUUGCAAAUAUCCUCAAACCAUGCGUACGUAAAGUCGUGUACCUAGAUUCCGAUCUAAUUCUCGCCGACGAUAUUUCAAAACUCGCCGCCACACCUCUCCGGCAAGGAGUUGUUCUCGCCGCCCCUGAAUACUGUAACGCAAAUUUCACUUCUUAUUUUACAUCUACAUUUUGGUCGAAUCCUUCUCUAUCUUUAACUUUCGUGGAUCGUAAAGCUUGUUACUUUAACACCGGCGUGAUGGUGAUUGAUCUUGAUAAAUGGAGAAUGGGGAAUUAUGUAAAGAAGAUUGAAGAAUGGAUGAUGAUUCAGAAAAGAAUGAGAAUUUAUGAACUGGGUUCUUUACCACCGUUUUUGUUAGUGUUCGCCGGAAAAAUUGCUCCGGUGAAUCAUCGGUGGAAUCAACAUGGGCUUGGAGGUGAUAAUUUCAGGGGACUUUGCCGUGAUUUGCAUCCGGGUCCGGUGAGUUUACUUCAUUGGAGUGGAAAAGGGAAACCAUGGGUUAGACUUGAUGCUAAUCGGCCAUGUCCACUUGAUGCUUUAUGGGCACCUUAUGAUUUACUAAAACCGCAAUUUUUGCUGGAUUCUUGAAGAAGAUGAAGAUUUGAACUUUUUUGAAAUUGAUAAUUGAAGAAGGUAAAAUGAUUCUCUGAAUGUAGAGAGGAUUAAAGAGAGCUUCAUCAUCAAAACUUCAAGAUGUUCAUCAUGAGGAUGGUGAUUGAGGGAGAGAGACUAUAUACUAUAAAGGGUUGAUUUUGAUUUUGAUUUCUUUGUAAAUUCCAUUACCCAAUUUCUAUGAUCUAAUUAAUAAUCACAAUAAAUGUUAUGAAGAA